CGGGUGGUGCGGUUGAGUGUUGUGCGUUGUUCGGUGUGUCCAUCCGCCCCGGUAAUGUAUCCUGUGUGGCAUGGCAGGCAUGCAGGCUCACAUGUGUGACCCGCCACUGUACUCACAACACUCAGCCCAGCCAGGUCGCCAGCCAAGCCUCGGGCACAUAGCUCAAGCCGGCAGGAUCGGCUUCAAACUAGCGGGUCGGAUCGCUUAGCAUAGCCGAGGAGUUUGCUGGCAUCGGACGCUGGUGUUUUCAGUACGGACCUACCGCAAGGCGAAGUUUGCAGCAAGUUUGUUCGGAAGUUUUGCUGGUGUGUUUGUGAAACUGGCAGCUCGUACUGCACUGGACCUUUUUUCUUGAUCGGUACCGACCUUGAGAGGCUGGUAUAAGAAGCACCCGGGCUACAUCUUGAAGUAGUGGGAAGUGCAGCGAGUGUCUUAGAUUGUGUUUGACUCGGUCGGCAAACUUGGCAUCGAAGGGGGUCUGGAGACGAGCCGAGCUUGCUCCAACAUGGCGCGGCUGUGGAGGAGAGAGGACGGGAUGUUGUGGUGUGUUCUCCUGGCGUGCCUGUGGACCGUGGCGGUGUGUCAGCGGGCUGGGACGACCAGGGACAACCUCAUCCUCACCAACGCCGGGAUAAAGGUGCCGUUCGGCCGCUCGGUGUUCCUGGACCCGGCCCGGGACCUGCGGAUUCGCGUGGUGCCCGGGGACAGAUGUAUCGUGACGGUCCUGCAGAACGACCCCCUGUCCCAGCGACCCGGCAGGCUCAUGCCCAACUCCUUCCCCUGCGACUUCGGACAGAACGAGGUCCAGUACUCGCACUUUGGUGCCCGCAGCCCAAGUCAAGAUCACAUCCGUCUCCAGCUGCGCUAUGACUCCCAGACAGAAACGAUCAUCGUGCCGUUCGUGAUUGAGGUGGAGGUCCAGUUCAUCCAGCUGGAGAUCGUGACGCGCAAUGUCCCUCUCAACGUUCCCACCGUCAUGGGCGCCAGCGGGCCGAUCGACCGCAGCGUCAUACAGUUCUCCUACGACAGAGGAAACCAGGUUUGCCGCGUCACCGUCUUGAGCAGUAAUGGCGGACGGGGCCUCCCGAGAUACGGUGUCAUCGAAAACAACAUCAAUGGAAGCAUGAUCGACUGUGACCAGUUUCUGCAGGCUAACAUCAGGUACAGGCACACCUCGAAAACAAACUCUCCCAACCGCGACUACAUCCCCAUGGUUGCCGAGCUAACUGACACGGAAGGGAACCUGCUGAAGAGGGAGUACUUCCAGGUCAUGGUGAGGGUCAGGGAUGGGGAGGACAACACCGCUCCGCAGCCUUCCUUCGCCUCCAUGUUCAUCCUAGAAGUCAACCAGUUCGUGAUGACGGCCAUCACUCCAGACAUCCUGGCAGCGGAGGACUUGGAAACAGAUGCUGAUGAGCUCAUCUUUAACAUCACGGCCCCACUGGGCGUCGACGAGGGAGAGAUUGUCUCUACAGACGAUCGGAACCUGCCUCUAAGCUCCUUCUACCAACGCGACAUAAGAGACUUGAAGAUUGCCUACAAACCCCCAGCCGUUGACAGCAACCAACAGAGGAUCUUCCAGGUAGAGUUUGAGGUUGUUGAUGCAGAAGGGUUGACAUCUGACCCCUUCAACUUGAUGAUCGUGGUAAACCCCAUGAACACCCUCGCUCCUAUCGUGACGAGGAACACCGGGCAGCUGUUGUACGAGGGGCAGUCCCGACCGCUGCUCAGUUCUCUGAACCUGGAGAUUUCCGACGAAGACAACCUUCGGGAUGUGACAGUUUCUCCCAUCGCGGGGUUGAGGCACGGUGAACUGUUGAUCCGCGGGCAGCGCAGGAAGUUCUUCACAGUAGCGGAGCUGGAUGCAGGUGUGGUUGUGUACAGUCACGAUGGGAGUGACACCUACAGUGACAACAUCAUCUUCCGUAUGACCGAUGGUGACAGUGAUGUUGAAUUCCUCUUCCCAAUCUACAUCAUCCCAACUGAUGACGAGCCUCCCAUCCUAAACGCCAACACAGGACUCACCAUCAACAAGGGGCAAACGGUAGAAAUCUCAGCCUGGGUGUUGAGUGCCACUGACAUAGAUUCUGACGACUCAAGCAUCAAGUUUACACUGGAAACUCCUUACUCUUCCCAAGGCGAGAUAGUCCUGAGGCAGUUUGAAGUUCCAGAAGACCCUGAGAAUUGGAGGUUUCUGGACGACCUAGGCUUGUACGAGAAAACUGUAACAGAGUGGACCCAGGAGGAUCUAUACGAAGGAAGGGUGUACUACCGUCACAUCGGCGCUCAUAGUACGUCCGUGGUCAUGGACUUCAUCGAGUUCCGUGUUUCAGACAACAACGACCCUCCGAAUCUGUCAAGAGUCUAUUCCUUCAUCGUGAAGAUCAUGCCCGUUGAUGACAUCGCUCCGACUCUCUACGAGGGCACCACUCUGCAGAUGACAGUUGACGAGUUUGAGCUGACAUCCUUCAGGAAGAAGUUCCUCCGCUAUACCGAUCUCGACUCAGAUGACCGUGAUCUGAAGUACACCAUCAUAUUACAGCCAUACGACAUAGACGAGGAACUUGAUGGUGGGCAGAUCGUGCUGUUUGAGGAGCCAGACGUGGCGGUGACUAUGUUCACCCAAGCUCAAGUCAACCACCACAAAAUCGGGUACAAACCUCCAGAUGUGGAACUCGGCCUGACACCACGCGUCAUCCAGUUAGUCUUCUCUGUGCAGGACACUUCCGGGAACUCUGUAGAUGGGCAGAGGUUCACCAUCUUCCUCCGUCCAGUCGACAACAAGCCUCCAGUACUGACCAACGAGGGUCUCACAGUGUUUGAGAGAGGUACGGUGGUGCUUACGCCAGAUGAUCUGGACGCCACGGACGUUGACACCGACUCGUCACAAAUUUACUUUGAGGUCACAAAGAUGCCCCAGCAUGGCACUCUCCAAUACGACACACUAGACAUGACUGAAGGUUCCAUCUUCACGUUGGAUGACAUUGCAGGAGGGUAUGUCGCAUACAUACACGGAGGAGGAGAGAACGAAGAUGAUUCUUUCAAGCUGACUGUAAGCGAUGGCAUCCAUGAGGAGACCUUUGAAGUCAGUCUCCGAGUUCGCCCCAUUGACGACGAGCUUCCUGAACUUGAUCUUCCGCCAGGAUCACUUGGAACGUUCAUCGAAGUCAUGGAGAACAGUGCCACCACCAUCACCCCAGAAAUUCUGCGUGCGACGGAUCCAGACACCGACGAACUCAUGCUCACCUUCAUCAUAACCGACCGGCCACCACAAAAGGGAAUCAUUGUCGUGGAUGGGAUCCCAUCAGAUCGUUUCACCCAGCAGAACAUCCUGAAUGGGCUUGUGCAGUACGUGCACACGAGUGGAGAAAUCGGCACAGAGAAGCAAGAGGACAUGUUCAACCUCACCCUGUCAGACAUGUCGGAUGAGUGGAUUGUUGGAGGCAACAACAUUGAGCAGGUCCAGAUUUUCGUAACUAUCCUACCCGUGGAUAGCAUCCCUCCCAAUGUGACAGUAGGGGAACAGUAUGUAGUCGAUGAAGCAGGCAAGGCUACCAUCACCCUGGCUCAUCUCAGCGCAACAGAUCCUGAUACAGAAGAUGACGACAUCAUGUGCACCAUCAUAGUUCAACCAAUGGAAGGCUUUGUCGAGAACAUCUCACCUGCUCCAGGAUCAGAAAAAUCCAGAGCUGGCAAACAGAUCACCUCAUUCACCAUCGGGGACAUAAGGAAGAACCAUAUCAAGUAUGUACAAAGUGUUCACAAGAAGGUGGAGCCAGUCGAGGACAGAUUCACCUUAAGGUGUACCGAUGGUUUCAACUUCUCUCCUAACUACUUCUUCCCCAUUGUCAUAGUGCCAAGCAAUGACGAAGUGCCUGAAGUCUUCAUGAGAGAGUUCAUUGUGAUGGAAGGUAUGAACCUUGCCAUCGAUCUGCCCAUCCUGAGUGCAGUAGACUUGGACAUCCCAGCAGAUGAGCUUCACUUCUACGUCACCAAACCUCCAGAGCACGGUGUCAUCGUCCAGCAAAGGCCCACGGGAACCAUCCCGGUCCUGAACUUCACAAUGGAUCAGGUCAAGGAAGGGUCGAACAUCAAGUACGAGCACGAUGACACAGAAACAAAGGAGGACAGUUUCGACCUGCGUCUCACAGACGGUGUCCAUGACAUAGAAAAGACCAUCCUCGUCAUGGUGAUCCCUGUAGAUGACGAAACUCCCCGCCUCAUGACCAACACCGGGGUGGACAUCGAAAUCGGAGAGACGAAAAUCAUCGACAACAACAUUCUCAAAGCCACUGACUUGGACAGCGAGGACAAGAACCUGACUUUCAUUGUAAGGUUUGGUCCUCAGCAUGGCUUCCUGCAGCGAGUCAUCAACGGCUUCGUUGUGUCGAACAUCACAGUUGGGAUGAACUUCACACAGAGGGAAAUCGACGAGAAGCAUAUCCAGUACAUGCAUGUUGGGCAGGAGGGUGUUCGUGACCUGAUCAAGUUUGACGUAACGGACGGCUUCAACCCGUUGAUUGACAGGUACUUCUAUGUGACAGUUGACAGCAUCGACAUGCUGCACCCUGGGAUCAUCAACAAAGGAGUGACGCUGAAGGAAGGAGGACUGGUGAAACUCACCACGGAUCUUCUCAGCACAUCCGACCUGAACAGUGAUGAUGAGAACUUACAGUUCACCAUCACCAACGCUCCACUCCGAGGCCAUCUCGAGAACACAGACUUCCCCGGCAUCCCCAUCACUACCUUCACCCAGCUCGAACUGGCAGGAAACAAGGUUUACUACAUCCACACCAGCGAGGAAGAAAUCAAGAUGGACAGUUUCGAAUUCGAGGUGACGGACGGUUUCAAUCCCGUGUUCCGUACCUUCCGUAUCUCCAUCAGUGACGUCGACAACAAGAAGCCUGUCGUGACUUUCCGGGACAUCCGUGUGAGGGAGGCAGGAAACAAGUACAUCACGCCUUUCGAGCUGAUGAUGGAAGACAGAGACACCCCCGACAACAAACUCACGUUCACAAUCACCCAGGUUCCUGUCAAUGGCAACCUCCUUUAUAACAAGUCCAAAAUCGUCAACAAGUUCACUAUGGCGGACCUAAACGAGAACCUUAUCACUUACCAACACGAUGGAAGCGAGACCACCAGUGAUAGCUUCUCCUUCACUGUGACUGAUGGCACGCACAUGGACUACUUUGUGUACCCGGACACCGAACACGAAACGCGUAAACCGGUCACAAUGAAGAUCCAAAUCCUGGCAGUGGACAACGGCAUCCCGCAGAUCGUCGUCAACAAGGGAGCCCCGACCAUAGCGGAGUUGGAGACCGGCCAUCUCGGUUUCCGCUUCACUCCCAAGUACCUGAAGGCUGAGGAUCGGGACAGUAAUGACAAGACUCUGCGAUACUUCAUCACCACACAGCCAGAGUUCGGCCGCAUCAUCAACGUCAAGGAAGGCAACAACAGUAUCAGCGACUUCACUCAAGGCCAAAUCGAUGAUAUGUUGAUCCACUACAUCAUCCAUGACAAUGUCAACGCCACCAGUGACUCCUUCGUCUUCAAGGUCCAAGACAAUGGUGGGAACGCCCUGCCUAACCAGGUGUUCCGGCUGAACUGGUGCUGGAUCUCUGUGGAGAAGGACCAGUACACCGUGGACGAGAACACCAAGUACCUGGUGCUGAUUUAA